AUGUCUAUCGGGAGUUAUCAAGAGCAUGCUAAUAAUAUUGAUAAGUAUUUAGCGAAUAAAACAUUCUACAAUAUGUUCAAGAAAGAUGAUAUAUGCAGAAUUCUGGAUCAUAUGCGCGUAACAAUUGAUCAGGCAUGUUUAUUACUUGAGCAAUCAAAAGGAAAACUAACACCUCUUGAAUUAUUUGAAACUUUACAGCACUGGAAAAUCAAUUUUGGUUGGAAUGCUGAUAAAGCUGCCAAAAUUUCAUUAUUAUUAUCUGAUUUGCUGAAAGCACCAUUUUUCAAUGAAUACAUUAGAUACUUCCUCAAAAGAAUAGUAGAAUCGUAUGAAGAUACUGCAAAAGACGCAAAAAAGAAAUCAAAAACAAAUAAAAAAGUUACGCAAGAAAAUGAACAAUUAAAAAGGCAGCACCAAAUCGAUGCGAUGCAAAUGCAGUCAUAUGAGCAGAUUCACAAAACUAAUAUAGAAAAUUUAUUAAAUUUACAAGCAGAAAUAGUUGCCGUGAAAGAAAGAGAACAAAAACUUAGUAAAUUAGUUGAAUCUAAGGAUUAUGAAAUUGCGCGUUUAAGAGUGUUAAUUGGUAAUUCAUCUGAUGAAAAUGAAGGAAUAAAGAAGAUUCUUGCUAAUACAUCAAACGAGAUCGAACAAUCUAAAAGUUUUUCAACACAUCAAGAGAUUCAAAGUCCCAACCAAACGAAAUCCAGCAAGAACGCAAAAAAUUCGGAUAACCUUGAUCCAUCUUUGAAAGCUCAAUUAACAAGUGAGAUUUCUUUCUUAAAUAAUGAGCUUGUCAAAUCUUUAACGGAACUUACAAAAUACAAAGUGUUAUUCCAAGCUCAAAAUGCAGAAUUGGAAAAUCUUAAAGCGCAACUCAAUAAAGUUGAUGAAAACCAAACUGAUGAUAAAUUUAAUGAUGAAGAAAUAGAUGUUCUCCCAACUAGUCCGUAA